CUUAUUUUCAAGCCUAAGUUGUUCCAAGAUGGUAACUCAACAGACUCUCAUGCCCCACGUGAUGGAGUUAACAGACAAGCCUGUUAAACACAGAGCAUGUAGACCUUCUCCUCUUUUCCAGGACUGGGCUCAAGUGUUCACCAGGCUGUUGUUGUGUUUUAGGUGAAGGUAAAUGGUAUCCAGAUGAAUGCCCCGCUCACGCUGCAAAAUGGAAAGAUCAGGAUUUACAACUAUGGCUGGGCUUUGGAAGUCAGCACCAACUUCGGCCUGUCCGUCUAUUACAAUGGUUACAGUUACGCUCAUGUUCAACUUCCAUACAGCUACCGUGGUGCCACCUGUGGUUUAUGUGGCAACUUCAAUGGCGAUUGGUAUGACGAUUUCACCUCCUCAACAGGAACGCUGGAAUAUUCUCCUUCGGCCUUUGCAGAGAGCUGGAAAACUCAUGGAGACAGUGACGCAGGCUGCCACGAUCUGUGUUCCGGGCAGGAUUGUGGAGUGUGUCCAGAGAACGAAACUGCUAUUUACUCAGACUUGGCCCACUGUGGCAUGAUUGAAGACCCCCAGGGCCCGUUCAGUGUCUGCCACUCUGUGGUGCCACCCGGCAACUUUACACACAGCUGCAUGUUUGACCUGUGCGUGGGGGGAGGGUACCAGCCCAUCUUGUGCCAGGCUCUGGAGGUCUACGCCACAGCGUGUCAGAAUGCAGGUGUUCAGCCUGGGCCGUGGAGGAGAAAGGGCUUCUGUGGAAUCCACUGCCCCGCCAACACCCACUACGAGCCCCGUGCCAGUGGCUGCGUUGCCACCUGCACCGAGCCCCUGGCCGCCGCCGGCUGCCCCCUGCCCUCGCAGGAGAGGUGCGUGUGCGAUGAGGGGCUGCUGCUGAGUGCUGGCACCUGUGUGAAUGCCAGUGGCUGUGGCUGCUCCUUCGAGGGCCUGUACUACGCCGAGGGCCAGACGGUGCUGCUGGACGAGGACUGCGGCCGGCUCUGCAGCUGCCGCGGCGCCGUCAUGCGCUGCCAGAGGCACGUCUGUGGCGAGCAGGAGAUCUGCAGCAAGCAGGACGGGGUGCGGGGCUGCUUCCCCCAGAGCUACGGGACGUGCUGGGUGGAGGGGUCCAUGCUGUACCGCACCUUCGACGGGCUGGCGUUCCACCUUCCCUCCAUGUCUUUAUCCCAGGUGAACAACAACGGUUUCCUCACCUUCAAGAAGGACUGGUCCUACUACGUCCCUCUGCGUUUCCCCGCCCGCUCCGGCGAGGACAUCAUCGCUGGCCUGUGGACGGACAUCGACAACAGAAACCAGGGGACGAUCUCGUACCGCGAGGUCACCGAAGGGGACGUUCUUCUCCAGAUCUCGCAGGACCUGAGCUACUACUUCUCUCUCCCCAGCUUCAAUGCCAGCUGGGCUUUCGUUGCCACCUGGGACAGAGUGGGCCACUUCCCGGAAUCCACAUUCCAGAUUGUCCUUGUGUCAAAUGGGAAUCUCGGCUUCAUUCUCUUCAACUACGACAACAUCGCCCCUCUCCGAGGAAGUGUAGAGGCCGGCUAUGAUACCACCAACUCGACAUAUUACUUCCUCAUUCCUGGGUCCUUCGACAGCGCCAUCACCAGGCUGAGAGAGACCAGCAACGUCAAUCACCCGGGGAGAUGGGUCUUCCGGACCGAUAACCAUGCCAGAAGCUGCUUUUACAACGAAUUCCAGGUGAACGGAGAGACGGUCAACCUCCCGUUCCGUGCCGAGGGCGGGGGUGUGGAGGCGUACUACACGGGGAUGUACCGGGUGGUGGUGCAGACCGAUUUUGGCGUUGCCGUGGAGGUCGACUGGCCUCACCUGGUGCGGGUGACUGUGCCGUCCACCUACAGCGGAGAGCUGGGUGGCCUCUGUGGGAACCUGAACGGAGACAUGUGGGAUGAGCUCCAGACGCCCCAGGGGCGGCGCGUGAACAGCUCCCAGGAGUUCGGCGACAGCUGGCGGGACGGGAGCCUGUCGGCCCACUGCCACGACAGCGCCGGCCCCGCGCCCCGUGACCUCGACCUCGGCCCGUACCGCUCGCCCCAGCACUGCGGGAUCAUGGCGGACCCCAGCGGGCCCUUCCGCCUGUGCCAGGCCGAGCUGGACCCCAUGGAGCGAGUGCGCGAGUGCGCGGAGGAGAUGGCGCUGCGCGGAGGCCAGCCCGCGGCUCUCUGUGAGGCGCUGCGGAACUACGCCCUGCUCUGCCAGCAGAGCCGCCUCCCCAUCUUCUCCUGGAGGAACCUCACCGGCUGUGAACUGGACUGUCCUGAUCACAGCAGCUACCAGCUGUGCGGAACCGCCUGCCCAGCCACCUGCCCUGGGCUCACCUUCCAGUUUCAGUGCCGCUCUCCCUGCCAGGAGGGGUGCCAAUGCGAUUUCGGGCACGUGAUGAGUGAUGGGAAAUGUGUGCUGCCGGUUGAAUGUGGGUGCGAGUACCAGGGACGGUACUAUCAGGGGGGGCAGAGUUUCUGGGAGGGCAACGGCUGCCAUUCCUACUGCACUUGCAACGGCACGACGGGACGCGUCUCCUGUGCACCUGCCUCCUGUGGUCUCCUGGAGUCCUGCCGGGUAUCAGAGGGCAUCUACGGGUGUCACCCCAACCCUCACGGCAUGUGCAUCGCUGCAGGAGACCCCCACUACCUCACCUUCGAUGGCCGCCGCUUCGAUUACCAGGGGACGUGCGAUUAUGUGCUUGCACAGCUCUGCAGCGCCACCAAUGACCUGGAGGACUUCAGCAUCGAGGCACGGAAUGAGGGUUCGCCAGUGUCCUUCACAGCUGAGGUCUUUGUGCAUGUGUACGGGCACCACGUGCACAUCUCCCGGGACAGACAUGGAAUAGUAGAGGUGGAUGGCCAGACCCACAGUCUCCCAGUGCUCCUGCAUGAGGGUCCCUUGUCCAUCUACCAGAGUGGGAUUCACACAGUCCUCACCACCCGUUUCGGACUGACCGUCACCUAUGAUGGGAGCAGCGUUCUCGCCAUCUCCCUGCCACCGAGUUACCGGGGCCAGACCUGCGGGCUGUGUGGGAACUUCAACGGGCUGCCCAGCGACGACUUCUCUGCCCGCUCGGGACACCUGAUGCCAACGGUCACAGAGUUCGCCCGGUCCUGGACCUCCGAUGCCAACGGCAACUGCUCUUAUGGCUGCGGCGACUCCUGCCCGACUUGCCACCAAGACUUCAUCGCCCGCAGCCAAUGUGGCAUCCUGCGCUCCCCUGAGGGUCCCUUCAGCUUCUGCCACUCCCGGGUCGACCCGGAUCCUUACUUCAACAGCUGUGUCUACGACGUCUGCGUCCUGCCCAGGGGGGGGGACUCCGUCCUGUGCCAAGCCAUCCAGGCCUACAUGGCCGCCUGCUAUGCCGCCAACUCCAGAGUGUACCCCUGGAGAGAUCUAAUGCCAUGCGAGAUGCACUGUCCUGCCCACAGUCACUACGAGAUCUGUGGCAACGAGUGUGGAAAGACCUGUGCCGGCGCCAUCGACCCAUCCUGUGACCGGACCUGCUCUGAGGGUUGCUUCUGUGAUGAAGGGUACUUCAGGGAUGGCGAUCGGUGUGUCCCGCGGGAGAAGUGUGGCUGCCUAUAUAAUGGGUUUUAUUACAGAACUGGAGAGGUCUUCUGGAACUCCAACUGUACCCAGCGCUGUUCGUGCAGAACCUCCAACAACGUGUUCUGUGUGCCCGGCGACUGUACCCCCACCCAGCAGUGUGGCAUCCGGGAUGGGCGCCAGGGCUGCUUUGACCCCAUGACCACCUGCACGGUCACGGGCGAUCCACACUACCUCACCUUCGAUGGGGCUGUGGCGCACUUCCAGGGCACCUGCUCCUAUGAGAUUGCCAAGUCCUGCCACAGCGACGUAGGGGGUGUGUCUUUCCUGGUGGCGGCAGAGAACCGCAACCGCGGCAACAAUGAUGUGUCGUUCGUGUCUGCUGUGGACAUCAGGCUGUCGCACUAUGGCCAAAUGACCCACAUCUCUAUCGGGCAGAGUGGCUCUGUGCAGGUUAACAGCAUGGCCGUCUCCCUCCCUGCCAGCGUCCAUUCUGUAGCCACAGUAACGCAGGAGCACAGCUUCGUGGUGGUGAACGCCAGCAAUGGCCUGCAGGUGCGCUUCGAUGGUAGGGGCACCCUGUUCGUGCGGCUCAGCCAGGAGCACCGGGACUCCGUGUGUGGCAUGUGCGGGAAUUUCAACGGAAACCCAGAAGACGACAAAGUGCUGCCCAAUGGGAGCCCUGCAGGAAGCGAUGCUGCGUUUGGGACUGGCUGGCAGUACAGAGUCACCACUGAAGGCUGUGAUGCCAACGUGGCAGGAGAUCGGGAUGCACAGCAGGCCUGCAGGUUCACGCAGGAGUACGAGCUCUGCAGCAUCAUCACCAACUCCACGGGCCCCUUCGCCCAGUGCCACCUCCACGUGGACCCCGAGCCCUUCUUCACCGCCUGCCUGUUCGACCUGUGCCAGUACAGUCCCGCCGGUGGGACCCUUUGUGCCGCCGUGGGCGCCUACGAGGCUGCCUGCAGUCUGCUGGCAGUGCACGUCCCUGAAUGGCGGCCCAGCGUGCUCUGUCCGGAGAGCGACCCCUGCCGGUCCCUGGAGUGCACGGACAGGGAGUGGUGCGGAGAGAGCAAUGGGAUCUACGGUUGCCACUGCUACGAGCAGGGAAGCUUCUCGGAAAACAACUACGACUACCAGGAGACUUGUGUGAGCAGCUCGGCCACCAUGUCGCUGUCCCGCUGCCAGCUGUUCGACGACGGGUUCCCGCCUCACAUCCUGCACCUGAACGACGAGAACUGCACCGGCACUGUGCGCAACGGGCGGCUGGUGUUCCACUUCGACAAUGACAACCACCUGUGCGGCACCAGCCUCAGGACCAACCUCACUCACUUCAUCUACGAGAACUCCAUCCAGGGGGCCAUCGACCCCCACGACGGGCUCAUCACCCGUGAGAAGCGGCUCAGUCUGCAGUUCAGCUGCGAGUAUCCACUCUCCAUCAGCGAGUCCAUGGCCAUCGGCAUCAACCCACUGGAAAGCAUUGUGAACAAAAAGCUGCCAGUCGGCCUGGGCAGCUUUCGUGUCCGCCUGGUGCCCUAUCGCGACAGGCAGUUCCUGCAGCCCUUCACCCAGUCCCCCCUCAACCUGAGGCUGGGCGAGAGGGUCUACAUCAGCGUCAUCGUCACCGGCGUGGACGAGCGGCAGUUCGCCACUGUCCUGGACACUUGCUGGGCCACUCCAGUCAACAACGCCAGCUACAGUGUCCGGUGGGACCUCAUCAAGAACGAGUGCCCCAACCCUGAGGACAAAACCGUGGAGAUCAUCCAGAACGGAGAGUCCACCGUCAGCCGCUUCUCCUUCCAGAUGUUCCAGUUCACCAGGGAGUCCUCCAUGCUGUUCAUCCACUGCCAGGUCCACCUGUGCCUGACCCAGCAGAGCUCCUGCGCCACGCGCUGCUACUCGGGAUACCACCGCAGAGUGGGCAGGUCUGCCGACUUCUACACCAGCACCGAUAUCUCCGUCGGGCCUCUG